UUUCAGAGGAAGUUGGUAUCGGAAGUUUAGUGAACGCAUGCGCAGUCCAUUCGAUAAAAAUGUCAGCCAUGAAUGAACCUCGGAAAGUUGCAGGUGCCCGUUUGAUUGUCUGUUACUGAAUUCCCUGCGGAGGUAUUUUAUCAAUUUCAUCUUUACCAUGACGUCGGUCGGCAGUGAUGUCGGAGCUGAACCAAGCAGCACGAGUGAAGACGAGCAAGGGAUGUGUGUGAAAUCAUCAGUGUUGGAUGUUGAGCAGGGCACCAUGGAAGAAUGUGUGAAGCCCUCUGAGGCUGUUGAUGCUCUUGGACAGCAGCUAAGAUAUCCCUCUGAUGAAGACCAUGCUGGGAAUGAAAGAGUUACCUCCCCUAGUGAUGUUGGCAGUGGAGGUCAAAGCAGUUCAACCUUUAAAGUACAAGAAGAAAGCCUCUCUAGCAUGGUGUCCACCGACAGGCCAGACAGACAGGAAGUCCACACAGUGAGGUACUCCAGUCCAGUGUCCAAUUCUUUCGCAGAUGCCACCAUGUCUUGUUCAAAGGAUAUUAGAGACCCAUGUGCAGUGCACGGAAGCAGCGGCUUGUACAACCUAGGAAACACAUGCUUCAUGAACGCUGGGCUGCAGUGCCUCACGUCCACUGCCUCCCUUGUCAAGUUUCUGCUGGAAGACUUUGUUCUUGAAGAAACCAACAAGAACACACUCCUGGGUCAGUUCUAUAAGCUGCUGUGCAAGAUGUGGUGUGGCCAGUUUUCUGUCAUCCAUCCUAAGGAGUUUAAGGACACUCUUGGACUUUACCAUUCCCAGUUCCAGGAUUACAGACAGCACGACUGUCAGGAGUUUCUUGCACUCCUGCUAGACACAUUUCACGAGCAGCUCAACACGGGGCGGUCCAACCUGGCCCCUCUCUCCAACAACGAGGCCAUGCCUGGGUGCUCACCUUUACAUGUCCUCGAGCCCCUGUCCAACUCGCUCAAUAAUCAAGACUCUUGUCUGCUGAUGGAAAUGUCAGAUGCUGGUGAUGACCAAACCCCAGAUGGAACUUUAUCAUGUGAUAACAAUCAUGUGACUAGCUCUCAUAGUCAAUCAAAGCCCUCUGUGUUUGUGAUCAAGUCGACACGGAGAACCAAACGUUGCUACGGGCCCAAAGACAGGCAGCGAGUGUAUAUCUAGUACCACUGUAAUAAUUCCUCCAUGUUUUCUUCCGAAGACAGCAACCAAUCAACAGUGUCCCUGCACAGUACGGACUCCGAACAAAGCCUGAAUAUCAAGAAGUUGCAGCUGCAGUCGACAGGAGAUGUGGGCAGAUCAGAAGAAGAUGUUACCAUGGGAACGGUAUCCUCAUCCACCGAUUCUAUGGAUAAGAACAACCACAGAACAAAUAUCAACAUAUGCAACACAAAUACCUCCAUGCUGAACAUGACAGCUAAAGCAGCUCACCUAGAUGCCAGGACAGGCCACAAUGUCGUUUCCAGCAAGACGGACAACUUGGCCCAGUUGAAUAAUAUUUGUUCCUCUAAAUUACCAUCAAGCUUGCUUGAGUAUUACGGUAAGGAAACCAAAACUCUUAAUACAAAUGUGUUAGUUAACGAAGCAGCUGAAGGCGAGAUAGCAAUAGAUUCAGAUAAGUUUGCCAAACAGGAUAACCGGCGGCCAGUGCAGGAGGAAGUGAAUAUAUUACAGGAAGUUCUCGGGGAAGAAGCAAAGGCUGACAAGGAUGUCGAUCCAGUGAAUUUUGGGAUCAAGGAUACAAACCUGCGUGUUGAAAAAAAGAGCCGCUUUCUGUCCAAAUCCUGUCCUAAUGUUUUGGAUUCGGAAAGGGUUCAAGAUGUUUAUGAAUUAAAUAAUAUCAAGCGAAUCAAGAUCGACUCUGCUGGGCCCAGUAAGCAUGUUUCUAUGCAUGAAUCUGAGAAAAAUGUUCAAAUGCAGGAAAUGUCCAAGUUCAAUACUCAAAAAGUUCUAGAGGAAGAAAUGUCAGACGGAGAGUCUUCGGCGGAGAGUAUGGAUGCAGAGGAAGUGGAGAGUUCGGAAGAUGAAGGGGACGUAACUUCUCGAAGCAGCUCUGUUAAUGCUCUUUCACUAGAUGCUAGUUUUGUUAAUAACCGAGCUGAGAUAUACCAGGAGGAGGCAGACGCUGCAUGGAAUGAUUAUCUCCGGGAGAAUAACAGCGUUGUGGUUGGCAAGUUCCAGGGCCAGUUUCAGAGCACGGUUGUCUGUUCUGUGUGCCGCCACGUCUCCGUCACGUAUGAGCCGUUUAUGUACCUCUCGCUGCCUAUCCCCAGGGCUAUGGAGAGGCAAAUAUGUGUGAUAUUUGUGCAUCGUGGUGUUCCCCCGACACGGUACCUCCUGAACAUGCACAAGACUGACAAGGUGCACAAGUUGAAGCGGGAACUCCUCCGCCUGCUCCACCAACCUGACUGUGAUAUCAUCCUAGCUGAGGUCCUCGACUCGCAUGUCUCUCGAGUCCUGGAUGACAAUGUAAUGCUGAGAUACGUCAAUGACACAUCCAGGAAAAUCUAUGCAUUCGAAAUGGUACAGCCUUCCCUCCCUCCUGAGGAAAGCCCAGACGACAAACAGGAACCAGCUGUAGCAAGUGUGACAAGCUCAUUACCAAGCUCUGCAACCAGGUCAGUGGCAGAAACAGCCACGUCGAGUGACGCCAUGACAGAUAGCGCAGAUAUAUUCAGCAACAUGGACACUUUUAGUAAUCAGCCAAUCAGAGAUGGCCUAUUCCACUCCAAUAGGACUGCACAGUCCUCCAUGGUGACUGUUGAUCCAGAACUGGGAGAUAACUUUUCCGAAUCAAAGAGUUGGUCAAGAACGAAGACGGAGAAGGAGACUCCACAUCCCACUUCCCCAGAGCUACCGUUCGCAGAGACCGACAUGGGGAAAGAAAAUCCCGAUCUGGCCGGAACAGGACUCUGGGAAUGGUCCCAAGUGGGUUUUACCGAUUGUGACAGCACGUGGGACAAUGUGGCAAGUUCGUCAGACUUUAAUCCACCACCGAUCCCCCAGGAUGUGAUAAACAGCAUUCCCGGAAUUGCGGAUCAGUGGCGGACAUGUGCAAUCUGUCUGGAGGAGCUGUCCGACAACGACCUUCUCACCCACGAGUCCUGCAGCGGGACGUUUUGUCAAAACUGCUUAGAGAUGUCUGCCAAACACACAACUGAAGCAGGAUACUGUUGUCCAAUCUGCCUUAUGCCCGCCAACAUGAUGGAAGACUUCUCCCCCUCUUGUGAGUGCGAGCUGUCAAAAGCCAAAACUCAGGGUAAUAGCCAUACCGAUGCAUUCCGAUGUGAUGUGAACAUAGAAGACAACAGCUGCUCUGAGAAGUUGUUUGGUCAUCCUACUAUUCUAUAUGUGCCAAAUAGACUGCCUGGAGGUUGUCUGUAUGACAUGAUUGACGCUGUGUUGCCAUCCCCUGCGAUGUAUUCUGUCGUGUUAACUGAUGGACAGGGUCUACGGUGCUCUCGAUGUAUGUACACCGCCCACUGUACAGGCUGUGUGUUGUGUCGGGAAGGGGAGGUAACUCUCCAGCCAGGGGACAAUCUGACCAUCCACAUGAUGGACAUGUCACAUGACCAGCAACAGGAAGCAGCAGCGUAUCAUGAACACGCCUCCAUGCAGGAUCUCAGACCCAGCGACCCCAUCACUGUCUAUGACUGCUUUCGAGCCUUUACUGAAAGUGAGAUCCUGGACGAACACAACCCCUGGUACUGUCCCACAUGUCAGCAGAACCAGUGUGCCAAGAAAACCAUGACAGUGUGGCGCUACCCUGACACACUCAUCGUGCAUCUCAAGAGAUUUGUCUUUCAUGAGUUGUCGAGUACUAAAGUCGACAACCAAGUAGUCUUUCCUCGCAAGGACCUUGACCUUCAGCAGUUUGUAUCAGGACCAAAGGUCAAGGACCUUUCAUAUGACCUCUACAGCAUUGUGUGUCAUUUCGGAGGCUCUCACUCUGGCCAUUACACAUCGUACACAAACCACCCCCUGACUUCUGAGUGGUUCUACUACAAUGAUGAGACGGUCAGCAAACAGGAGCCUCGCAACGACGACUACAGCAGUGCAUACGUCCUCUUCUACCAGAGGAAAGGUACAUCCAGUAAGUUCCAGCCCCCAGCUAUUCUGCCCUUCCUCCUGGACGACUCCUCCCCUCACACCUCCCCAACCCCUCUAGCCGUCGACGCCCAACCGGGACCCUCCACCUCUGAGACUCAUCCCCUCAAGCCAAACCAGCCUGAAGACACACCCUCACCAUCAAUGAGGGACGAGGCGGGGCCAUCUGACUCCACCCUACCUGCUAUGGACAAUAUGAUUGGACAGUCUGACGACAGCCCCAUGUCAGUCAUUCAGCCUCCUGCAGAACAGGUGGAAGCUGACAGCACCUUUGAUUUCUAUUCUUAGUUUCUUUUCUGAAAUAUUUGUCAUCUUGAUUUCAGUUUUUAAUUUUAUUCUGUCGAAAUAAUAAUUAAUACCAGUAUACGGGUAUUUGAUUUGCUGAUAUCAAAAAUUAUCAUCUGA